AUGGCCGAGCGCGUGUUGAUGAACGAGUACAAGGCUCUCGCCCAGGAGUCGUGGACCAACAUCGAGCUUGUCAACGAGAACAUCUUCGAGUGGGAUGUUGCCCUUAUCGUCCUGAACCCGGACUCCAUCUACUAUGGCGGAUACUUCAAGGCCAAGAUGAACUUCCCCAAGAACUAUCCCUUCAGCCCGCCAGACUUUAAGUUCAUGCGCCCGCUCUGGCAUCCUAACGUGUACCCUGAUGGUCGUCUCUGCAUCUCCAUUCUCCACCCGCCAGGCGAUGACGAGAUGUCCGGCGAACUCGCAUCCGAACGCUGGUCGCCAGCCCAGCGUGUCGAGUCGGUCCUGCUCUCCAUCCUGUCCCUGCUCGAUGACGCUGAGCCCUCGUCUCCCGCAAACGUCGAUGCUGGUGUCAUGCUGCGCAAGGACCCUGCCAAGUACAAGGAGAUGGUCAAGAAGGAUCUGGACGUCAGCAAACAGGACAUUCCGGAAGGCUACGUCAUGCCUACCCACGAGGACGCCUUCAAGUCGAAGAAGAAUGACGAUAUCUACAUGGAGUGGGAAGACAGCGAUGCCGACUCGGACUUCGGUGCCUCCGACUCCGACAUGGACGACUUUGACGCCGAAGACGAUGACGACGAGGAGUUCGAUGAGGACAUGGACGAGGACGACUCUGCCAGUGAUGACGGGAAGAAGAAGGCCUGA